ACCGGCAAAGCGUCUUUCAAUCCAAGAUGGCAGAUCGAGAUAGAAGAAAUCGUGGCCGUUCUCGUUCUAGAUCGACGUCUAAAGAUCGUGAAAGGACAAGUAAAACCAACAGAGAGCGAGAAGAUCUAAAAGAUACCAAAGAAUCCAAGACUAUCGACCGAGAAAAGACUUGUCCACUUUUACUGAGAGUAUUUUGCAACCAAGGACGGCACCACAGGGUUGAAGAGUUCUCACGAUCAAGUCUUCCACCWAAUGAAUUGCAGAUUUACACAUGGAAAGAUGCUACCCUCAAAGAACUGAUGAGUUUAGUGAAAGAAGUCAAUCCAGAUGGACGGCAAAGAGGGACUGKUUUCAGCUUUGCUACAGUAUUCCCAGAUCAAAGGCGAGGGGGUUUUAUUGUGAAAGAAAUAGGCACUACYACUGCUGGCCAUAAAGGUCCUGAUGAUGCUGUCACACUAGAAUCAAAGAAGUUCCAGAUAGGGGACUAUAUUGAUGUAGCUAUCCAGACCCCUAGGAUGGGGAGAAGAGAUCGUCCUUAUUAGCUGAUAGUUUAGUCUUUCAUUAGCUACAUGUAGGGAAGUUGUGUUCAAAGUGACUUGUGAAAGCUGGCAGCAAUGUAAGAAACGACUCCAUACAAUGUAAUUUAUAAUCCAUGUACAGUACAUGUUUUAACAAAGUUUCUUUUCUUGAUAUCAAUUCUUUUCCUUGAUACACUAAUUUUAAUUUAAUCAUGACUUUCCUUGCRCAGUCACCAUUAAAAAAACAUUGGACCAAAGUAUCAAGGAACUACAUUGUAUGAAGACAGGUCUUUUCUCUUAUGCCCAAUACACCUUGAUUCCUCAGUUCAAUGUUUUGUUCGUGCUCGCUAAUUGGACCCACUUAUUGUGUGAGUAGAUUAAUAAGUUCAUAUUUGUAAUGGGUUUUUUAACUGCUUUAGAUCACGUGACUGCGUAGAUUGCAUUUUUAUGCCAUUGCUUUUUAUCUUGAGAUUUGUUGUAAAUGAAGCUUUUACCACCAACAGCUUAUACCGUAGUUUAUUAUAAAACAAUGAGAACGAAAGAAA